AUGGAGACGAUCGUGACGCCGCUGCGAGCCGCUGCGCCGAGAGCGCCGCUGCGCCAAUGGCAAGGCGGUCGGCCGAGGCUGCGUGCGGCUGUGCGGUGCGGCAGUGCAGCCUCAGCGUGUCCGCUCGUCAGGAGAUUGCCACGUGCCGGACCCCCAUUGCUGCGUGCGCCCUCUUCACAACGCGGCGGCAGCAGCAACAGAAGCGGCAGGUGGCAGGCAGGAAAGGCGCGAGCGAGGUUUGAGGCGGAGGGGAGGGGGAGAUACGAGCGAGCGGGGUAUGCGAGCUACGGGGAGUGGGACCCGCGCGCGGGGACAGGCGCGGAGGAGGAGGCGGAGGAGGGGGAGGGCGAGGGAGAGGGCGAGAUGAGCGCGGGAAUGGGGGCGGGGGAGGUCGAUGACAGGGGUUGGCGGACGGCGGAGGAGGUUCGGCGGGAGGUGGAGGCGCGGAGGCGCGCGGAGGCGGAAGCGGAGGCAGUGCGCGCAGCAGUGGAGGAGUAUAGAGACGCGGAGGAGUUCCUUAUAACGGAUAUAAAAGAAUCCGCGAAUCCCAACUACCUCGCGUCGCACCAGUCGUACCCCUCCCCCUUCAUCUACAUCCGCCCCGUCUGCUCGCGCCCCAACGAGGGGGAGCGCUUCCCCCGCGCGCGCAACCUGCUCGUGGGCGAGGCGGACCCUCUGGAGCGCGCCAUGGCGCUAGCAGCAGCGGAGGCGGGGCAUAUCAAGCUGCAUGGCGACAAGCCCACCAUGGCAGAGGCCGUGCUUGCUAGGGUGCGCCGCAAGCCACUUGCAGAUGAGAGACUGGCCAAGGAGGAGGAGUUACGGCAUCGCCUGGGCGAUUUGGCAUACUACCAGGAGUGGGUGGCGGCAUGGCCGCACGACACGUCACUCAAGGCGGUGCGGCGCGUGGCGAGGGAGACAGGGCGGCCCAUGCAGCACCAGAUCCUGGACAUGCUCGCCAUGCAGACCCAGCGCGAGUACAACGCCAUGUGUGGGAGGGACGUGCGGCUGCAGAAGGACCCGCUCGCCAUCCGCAUGGACAAGAGGCAGUGCAAGCGCGUGUGGGGUGGCGACCCUGUCUACCCAACGGUGAACUACGAGCAGGCGCCCGACCACGUGGUGGACUACCGCGGACCCAACUUCCACGAGCCCAGCGAGGACCCUUUCAACGUCGUGCGCCAGCAAGGCCGGGUGGUGACGCAGGAGCAGAUGGAGGCCAUCAUGGCACGCGAGCAGGAGGAGGAGGAGGCGUUCCUGCAAGAGCUGGAGGAGACAGGCGAGGACGCUGUUGAUAUUGGCGAGGAGGAGGAGGAUGAAGAGGAGGAGGAGGAGGAAGAGGAAGAGGAGGAGGAGGAGGAGGAAGAGGACGAGGUAAGCUGUUUCGGGGAACGAUGCAUGCUUUUGCACUCGAGACCCUUCCAGGUGUGCGUUUCAUCCUCUCUCACCACAUCUCGCUGUGCCUCCUCCCACACUUCCCACGCUUCUCCUUGCCUCCUCCUUCCCCCUCAGAUAUCGGAGGACGAUGAUUCGGACGAGGGCCAGCAGGCACAGACGUCAUCACAUGGGCAUGCGGUGCGGGAGGGGCGGGGGAGGCGGCCAGCGGAGAUCCUGGAGGAGGACGAGCAGACGGGCAUGCAGUGGGUGGCCGUGCCCACGCGCAUGGAGGGCACGCCGGGGCGACUUGCUUAUGAGGAGGACAGUGAGGGGAUGAGUGAAGAGGAGGAUGAGAAGGGGGAUGCUGCUGCUGGUGCUGGUGGUGCUGCUAGAGGCGGCAUUUAA